ACGGCGAUGCUUCCUUUCUCAUCUCUGGACCUCGCUCUCUGCCUUCCUCUUCCUUCCCCACUCUCCCUUCCUCUUCUCGUUUUCAAGCGCUCCCGCAACCAACCAACUUCGGAUUCGCGGCGCGCGCGCGAGAGAAAGAGAUUCAGCGCUCUGCUGCUGCUCUGGCUGACCCUUCUCGGCCGGGAUCGGAUGUGCCGCCUCACAUGACUGUAUAAACCCACAGUCUGGUGAUACACGCAGUGGCCACAGGAACAGUAAUAUCGGCCUUCUUGACAUAAGAGAUGACAACCAAUCUGAUCUCGAGGAGCCAUGUAGAAAUCCUGGGCCAUGGCAGUGCACCAUUUGCACACACCAAAAUGAGACGAGUUACAUUUCCUGUGAGCUAUGUGGUGUUCUUCGUAAUUUGUCAUUGUAUUUCAAUAAUGCCGUUGGAACUGAAGGUGGAGAAACAAGCAUUCUGGAGUAUCUGUACUGGCAAGAUCUCUUUUCAGCCCACCCAGUCCAAAAUCAAAAGCUGUUGUUUUCUCCGAUGGCUUUCAAGGCAACACAAACACAACAGGAUAUAUGCAAGCUUCUCUGGAUGCUCUGCAUGAGACAUAUAUGACACACAAACAGCGGCGUGUCAACAUAGGCAAUGUCAGCAUCUGUUGAGUAAAGCCAUAAUGAUGGUAACUAUGGUGUGAUUAUGCAUUCUGGAUCACCGGCCCUGCUUGUUUAUAUUUACCAAAAAUUCUACAGAGGGUACACAUGCCUUUCAAGUUUGAUACGCCAUCUCCUGAUGACAUGGUCUCUGCUGGCUUGAAAUCAUUCAAACAUGUGAGAAAAGUUAAUGCAGAGGCUCCAUCUAUAGAUUCUGUUGAUAUCGCUGGAAAGAAAGUGAUGGAUGAUCACGAUCUUGUAACUCAGGACGCACAUACUGACCCAAGUUCAUCUGCGAAGUUAGAUGAACUUGGGGGAAACGGUAGCAGUGUUGAUGUCCAUAUUCAAAAUAAAACACCUGUUUUGGACGAUGAGCUACAGCAUUUGAGUUUAGAGGGGAAACCAAAAAACAUCAAAGCCAAGAUUAAGAAGCCAGUUUCUGUUUCACAGUACAAGGCAGAACCGUGGAUGCUCCAGGGUGAAGAUCAGAAAAUGCCCAGACAAUUAAAUCUCGCUAUUGUUGGUCAUGUCGAUUCUGGGAAAUCAACUUUAUGUGGUCGAUUGCUGCAUGCUCUGGGGAGGAUUUCAAAAAAGCAAAUGCAUAAAAAUGAGAAAGAAGCGAAAGAAAAGGGGAAAGGGUCAUUUGCAUAUGCUUGGGCUAUGGACGAGAGUGCUGAAGAAAGGGCACGUGGCGUUACAAUGACUGUGGGUGUAGCAUACUUUGACACCGAAAAUUACCAAGUUGUUUUGCUUGACUCCCCUGGUCACAAAGAUUUUGUUCCUAAUAUGAUAUCUGGAGCGACACAGUCUGAUGCAGCUGUCCUAGUUGUCGAUGCCUCUGUAGGGUCAUUCGAGUCUGGUAUGGGUGUGAAUGGGAUUGGACAGACAAAGGAGCAUGCGCAGCUUAUUAGAAGCUUUGGUGUUGAGAAUCUGAUAGUUGCUGUUAAUAAGAUGGAUUCAGUGGAAUAUUCGAAAGAGCGAUUCAGUUUUGUGAAAUCACAACUUGGUAUGUAUCUCCGAUCAUGUGGUUAUAAAGAGUCAGCAAUUUCUUGGGUUCCUUUGAGUGCAAUGAACAAUGAAAACUUGGUGACAGUAGCUUCAGAUACUCGUCUGUCAUCAUGGUAUGAUGGGAACUGUCUUCUGAAAGCCAUCGACUCGUUAGCACCUCCUCGUCGAGAUGUUUCAAAGCCACUACGCCUUCCAAUCUGUGAUGUUGUUUCAUCCCACAUGCUGGGGCAAGUGGCGGUCUGUGGUAAAGUAGCGACUGGAGCAAUCCGAAGCGAUUCCAAGGUUCUUGUCAUGCCAUCCGGAGAGUUAGCUACAGUGAGGAUCAUCGAGCGAGAUUCCUCUCGUUUGAACCUGGCAAGAGCUGGGGACAACAUUGCUAUCGGCUUGCAAGGGAUCGACCCUAUCCACGUUACGUCCGGUGGAGUUCUUUGCCAUCCAGACUACCCUGUGUCCGUUGCUUCUUCCUUGGAGCUGAAAAUCCUUGUUCUAGAUAUCACUGUACCGAUAUUGGUUGGCCUUCAGUUCGAGCUCCACAUACACCACGCGAAGGUGUCCGCGAGCCUGGUGAAGAUCCUGUCGCUGCUGGAUCAGAAGACCGGCAAGGCCUCGGCGAAGAAGCCGCGGAUGCUCACCGCAAGGCAGGCCGCUAUCAUCGAGGUGAAGCUGGAGCGGGAGGUGUGCGUGGAGGAAUUCUCGGCGCUGAAGGCCCUGGGCCGGGCCUUCCUUCGGUCCCAGGGGAUCACGGUCGCCGUGGGCGUCGUGACUCGUGUGCCGGAGCAGGUUCAGGUUUAGGUUCCACUGGUUAGUGAUAGUGAUGUACAAAAAAAAAAUUAGGCUGGAGACACUGGUUAGUCGGUCCCUGGAGACACUGCACUGCACCACCGGCCAUGUGAUCAUGUGAUGCGUGUGAGAAAUUUGCAGGAUUAUGUGCUUUGGCUUAAAAGGCAGAUUUAGGCUGCUGGCCGCGCGGCCAAAUUAAACCUCC